GGCAGAAGGUCAUCGAUACUCCUCACAAUCCUACCACCGACUACGUAGGAGGCGCAGAUGAUGGAAGCAGACGCACGUGCUGUAGAGCUCACCGGCAGGGCCCGCUCGCCGCCCGUCUCAUCCCGCAUCGUCCAGCGCCUUCCCGCAAAAGUGCAGCACCUCUUCACCCUCCGGCCCACCCUCUUUCUCCGCUCCCUCACCCUCUUUGCCCUCGAAGCAUCGGUCAACCUUCUCCUCUGGGUCGUCACUCUGAUCGUCGCAGCACCAUCCUCCUCAAGCAACUUUGCCUCACUAGCCCUUAUCGCGUGGACCACCGGACUGAGGCACGGCCUAGACGCCGAUCAUAUUUGUGCUAUAGAUAACGCUACCAGGCGCAUCGUAGGCAUCAGACGAGCCGGCCGAGACCAAAGACGGCGCAAUUGGAAGGGCAAACUCUUCUUCUGGAGGAGAGGCUCAAACGAUGCUGCCAAUGAGCGCAUCGAGGAUACUACUGCACAGCCAGUGCAGCAAGAAACGAUUCAGAGGCCGCUCCUCGUCGGUCUGUGGUUCUCCCUCGGACAUUCCACAGUCGUCAUCGUAGUCACCGUCGCCAUCUCCAUCUCUCUCGCCGUCGCAACUCAGCUAGAUGGCUUUGGAGGCGUGGGAAGUGUGAUAGGUCCUGCCGUCAGUGGUAGCUUCCUCUUCCUGGUAGCGUUGGGCAAUUCUAUCAUGCUCGCUCGGGCCUGGAGAGCUAGGAAGAGGGCGCAGAGGGAGGAGAAAGCCCGUCUGCAAGCGUUGCCCAGCUCAGAUGUGGAGCGAGCAUCAGCCGAUGAUGAUCAGGCGAAACACGAGCAAGGUCGCUUCAUGGGCAUGCUCACACGGCUCACCAUGCCGCUGAUCAAUGCCGUCAGCCGUCCUCACCACAUGUACGUCGUCGGUGCCCUCUUCGGCCUCGGCUUCGAUACGGCCUCUACGAUCGCUCUUCUGAGCGUAUCCGCCUCGGCUGGUUUGACACAAGGAGGCAAUGCAAAAGUCGUGCUGCUAGCUUUCCUCUUUACUGCCGGCAUGACCUGGGUUGACUCGUGCGACUCCAUCUUGAUGGUCUGGGCUUAUGCUCCACCAGAUGAAGACCAAGCAGGAGGAGGCGGAAGCGGCAGUAAGCGGUGGUGGGCUCUGUUCGAGGAGAAGAAAGCAUCUUGUUCAGCCUGCGAACACGAGCAGCAGCUAGGGGAUAUGAACCAAGAUGAGCUCAAGGGCCUCGUCCCUUCCAAGUCUGGACUGCCGGUACCACCUCCCUCUCAGAUCGAGGCUGCGCAAGAUGUGGCGCCUUCUCUAUCGAAAGAGUACGACUGUACGGAUGCUCAGGAACAAUUGCGAGAAGACUCAACAGCAGUGCCUGCAAUCCCGCUGAGAACUCUUUCAGAUUCCGCACAAGCUCUCUCGCACCUCCUCACGCUCCUAUCCAUCAUCCUCGCUUUUGCCAUUUCCAUCAUCGUCCUCAUGGGUCUCAUCGCUUCAGAAUGUCCCGCAUGUGCACGCUCCCUCGAGCUACACCAGGAACCUCUCACGGAGGAAGUGUCGCCCGGUAGUGGGCAGGAGAGGAUUGUGAAUGAUGGAGGACUCGCAGGGAGAUGGUGGGCUUUUUGGGAUGGGGCGAAUGAGCAGAGUGGAUUCAUUGGGGCGGGCAUCGUCGCUUGCUUCGUAGUCGUCGUUGCUGGUUGGCGACUGAGUGCAAUAGUCAGGCAGAAGAAGAAGAGGCGCAGCAGCAGCAGGACGGAGGAGACGGUAGAAGAGCAGCAAUCACUGCCACACGAGUAGGAAAAGGUUCAUGUCACUUGCGGUGCAUCAGGCUUGUAGGUGUUAGUGUUUGUAACGGACUGCGUCACGUGAAUUGAUUGAUGAAAAAGCAUGAAGGUA